CUGAUCUUAUCUUGUCCUGACUCGACACAACAACCAGGCAUACGUCCCAGGCUCUGUGACCUUUGCUCACUUCAAUUUAUGCGACCCAAAGACGAACAGAAUUCUCUAUUCACACAUCUGUACAGUACAGUGCAAGUUGCUCUUUCUAUGCUGUUGUUGAUCUACGGCAGGACAAUGUACUUCUCCAGAUGCUUGGGGAUCGCAUCCCGCAGACCCUUGCUCCGCAGCCACUUGUCCGAGAAGAGACGGUCCGCAUACCGAUACGCGCCAUCGCACAGGAUCGUCACCACGGUGUGUCCCUUGCCCAGCUUCUCGGCCACCUCCUUGGCAGCCACCACGUUGAGCGCAGAGCUGGCCCCCAAGUACAGUCCCUCCUCAUCCAGGCAGCGGUACACCAUCUCGAUGCUCUUCUCGUCGCUGAUGUACAGCGACCCAUCAAGGAGGUCAAUGUCGGGCUUCAAGUUCUCCGUGACACGCCCUUGCCCGAUUCCCUCGGUGAUACUGCUUCCAGUUCGCUCGAUAAGCUUGCCUCCGCUCUGGAUGUAG